AAAUUAUCUAAUCUGAAGUUUGUUGGUCAUGAGUAAUUAACUAGAAGCAAACAUUUUCUGAUCAUUAAGAUAUUUUAAAAUUAAAUAAGUAUAAUCUUUAAUAAUCAUAUGGAUUAAGCAAAAGUUGAAAAAAAUAUAUUGUCAAAAAAUAUAAAGAAAUAAAAAAGCACAGACAAAUCAAAAAAAGUAAAAUAAAAGAAAAAAAAGCAAAAAAUGUAGGGUAGUACGAGAUUAGCAUCACAUGCAAAUUCAUGGUAUACAGGAAACUAAAAGGAAUUAGAUUAAGAAUUAUCAGGUUAUCUUUCUAAAGCUAACAAACAAUAGCUGAAUAUAUAAAAAGUGAAGGCAUUAAUUGGCCCUCAUGCAGGUUAUUAUUAUAGUGGACCUACAGCAGCUUGGGGAUAUCAAUAUCUUUAGCCAAUAGAAAAUCUAAGAGUAUUUUUGCUGGGACCUUGUCAUCAUAUAUACAUGAAUGGAUGUGGUAUCUCAGGAUUAGAAAAAUUUUAAACUCCUCUUGGAGAUAUUACACUUGACAAAUAAACAAUUUAGGAACUGAAAAACACAGGCAAAUUUGAUGUUGUUAGUAAGAAAAAUGAAGAAGACGAACAUUCUCUUGAAAUGCACUUACCAUAUAUCUAAAAAAUCCUUGGAUAAUAAUAAUUUAAACUUGUUCCUAUCAUGGUUGGAAACUUAAGCUAUUAAAGGGAACAAGAGUAUGGGUAAUUGUUAAGUAAAUACUUUGAUGAUGAUAACACUGUAUUUAUUAUUUCGAGCGAUUUUUGCCAUUGGGGAUCAAGAUUCGAUUAUUAGUACUACAACAAGUAAGAUGGAGAGAUUUGGUAAUCAAUAUAAAAAUUAGAUACUGCAGGUAUGGAAUUGAUAGAAAAUCAUGAUUGCGAAAAAUUCAAUAAGUAUUUGGAGCAAACCGAAAACACUAUAUGUGGUCGCCACCCUAUUGGAGUUUUGCUACAAGUUAUUAAGAGCACUUAGAAAUAUGCAGGAUAACUUAAAACUAAAUUUAUGCAUUAUGAAUAAAGUGAACAAGUAAAAACUCAAAAAAGUUCUUCUGUAAGUUAUGCAACAUCUAUUACAUAUGUAUGA